AAAUAUCUGACUGAUCUCCUUUGUUCAUCAAUAAUUUCUAUUUCCAUUUCCAAAAUGCAUUAUUACACUUUUGUCCCUUUGCUCAUGGCGGGUACUGCUGUUGCGCAGAGUGCCACUGCUACUUUGCCCAAUCCUUUUGUUAGCAUGUCAACCGUCACGAAAAUUGCAGCAGAACAAACCGCUACCACUUAUACCUACAGCGGAGUUUCCAUGGCCGAACCGAUGGACCCUGCGUGGCCUUUCAUACUCACUGAAGGCCCAUCUACCUACGAGAUUCAUGUAACGGCCCCGGCACCACAAGAAAGUACCAAAUUUCACUUUUCGUGCAAACUGCAAGGCGGAUAUGACAAGGAUGCGGACUGCACCCAAUCAAUCGAGGAUCCUAGUGAAUCUUCCCCCCCACUCACAUACGUCGUAAAACCUGCCGAAUGGUACUCGUCUCUCUCAAUCGCAGGAGGAAAUCCUAUGCAGAGUGUGAGCGUGGUCACUGCUCCUGGUUUUACUUCUGCUUCCGCUUCAGCUUCAGCUUCAGCUUCAGCUUCAGCUUCAGCGUCUGCUUCUGCUCCCGCUUCCGGAUCUAAAGGGGGAGCACCUGCAAUCCCCACUGCGUCAGGAUCAGCGAAUGCAUCGAACCCAUCUCAGCCACCCAACGCUAGUUCUUCCUCGAGUCCACCCGCGAAGGACAACGCAGCUACUUCCCUCAAGUUGGAUCUAUUUGCUUUUGUCGGCGGGGCUGCAGGUAUUCUUGCGGCGAGCAUACUUUUGUAGAGAGCAUCGGACUAUUGUGUCAGCGGUUUUUGGCUAUGAUAUUAGAGCAUCUGGGUCUGAGGAUGAAGGCAUGUGCGCCGCGCGAACUGU